AUGGAAUGCAUAUAUGUGGCAAUUCUCGUCGUCUACAGCUUCUGUAAGUUACUGUAGAUUCAGUUCAGAUUUUGUGAUUCAUCAAUACAUUUGGUCUCUCACAUAGUUGUGACUGUGUUUAGGUGUGUAUAUCAUGUGCAUGAAGAAUAUGUUUUAUUUACUGUUUCUAAAUCUUUGUUCUCUCUUUCAGAUCUGACCCUUGUUGCGUCUGUCUCUCCACCACCCUUAAAGGUGGUCCAGUCAGGGGAAAAUGUCACCCUGCAGUGCAUCAAUGUCCUUAAAAACCCGGGACAUGUUGGCUGGUUCAAGCAAGUCAACGGCUCAGAGCCCCUGUGCAUCACGUCUAUGUGGAGCUCUCUGCCAACUGUUCAUCAUCAAAAUGGAUUUCAGGGCAAACGUAUGAAAAUGCUAAUGACCAAUGGAACUUUCAUUCUCAAAAUCACAGAGGUGGAUGUAGCUGAUUCUGGUCUGUACUUCUGUGGAAUGUUGGAUAACUAUUUCAUCUUCACCAACGCGACUGUCCUGAAGGUCCAAGGUAAUAUUUUCUAUACAUUGUCUGCUAUGACACCAAAUGCACAACAUUUAUCCAUGGUAUUAGAUAUAUUUUUGACUAAAUGUUGGAGAUACAAUACUAUCGUACUACAGUUUGGAAUAUUGUGGAAUAUUUAAUUCACCUAAUCGUCCAAAAGGUCACAAUGAUUAUGACAAGGACCCUACAGAGCAGUAUGAAGGUAUGUUCAUUCUGUAAUUUUAAGUGACAAUCUUUCAGAAAUGAAUUAAUAGGAUGUACCAUGAAAGUACCACAGAAUAGAAAUAAAGUACAACAGCAUCUUAUAGUGAUCUGAGAAUUCUCCAUUCUCCAUUGGUAGCAAACGGGGUAAAUGUUUUUAUAGGUCUGAUUCUAAUUGAAAUCUGUUUUGUAGGACAGAAAGAUGGAAUCGUGAACCUCUUCAUAAUGGUUGUGAUCCUGGGUGUUGUAACUGCUGUUCUAUUGAUAAUCAUCCUCAUCCUGGUCCUCAAGGUCAGACGAGAUGCAAACAGACUAAACACAGGUAUGGAGCCCAUGUCAAAUGGGGCCUGCUAUUGUUUCAUAUGCCAUAUUGCAGGCAACCCUGGUCCUGGAGUGCCGCAGGCCCUUCAUGUUUUUGAUUUCACCAACCUAGAAGACCUAGGUUUGUUCAAUUUAGGCAAUCAUUGAACUGAUCAAUUAGCUCAGUUGGGCAGGAUUGGUGCCUAGUUGGAACAAAAUCCUGCAAUACCUGCGGCACUCCAGGAACAGGGUUGCCUACCCCUGACAUACUGUAUACUGAGAAUUGAAAGAGUCAGUAAAACGUAUAUUGUGCGCACUACAAUGGAAUGAUCAGAUGAUAUUUUCUCUCAUCACUGUUUCAUAUCAUAUUCAGGACCUGACUCGCAACGACAACCACAAAAUGAUCAGGUAAAUGUUAUUUGUUUAGUGACAUUAUUUAAAAAAUAUAAGCAAUUUAGAAACAGUGUAAAUUAUAAUUGUAUGUUAUGGUGUUUCCAAAUCUACAGAACCAAGAUCCUGAUGCACUGAAUUAUGCCGCCCUGAAUUUCACCUCCAAGAUAAAGAAGAGGGAGAGAAGAAGAGAGGAGCUGGACCCCCAUGUAGUGUAUGCUGCUACAACAUGA